UCCAACUUGUUCCCGCUCAAAUUCGGAUUCUUUUUAUUCGGUUCUUCCGUACAUACAUACGUCGUCUAGGUCUCACUUCUUCUUUGGGAGACACUCACCAUUGAUCGAGUUCUACAUUCCACACAAACUCCUUACAAUAAUUCAGCUCUUUAAAGGCAACACAGGAUCAUAUCUAGAUUUGUGGAUUGAGCAGAGUGGUGAGCAGAUGGAAUCGAUAAGUGACGGAGCAAGCGUCAUUACAGAAGACGACGACAGAAUAAGCAAUUUACCAGAUGAUAUCAUACAUCACAUUCUCUCUUUCCUUGACCUGAAAUACGCCGUUCAGACAAGUGCAUUGUCUUUGAAAUGGAAGCAUCUUUGGACUUUAAUGCCUCAACUUAACUUAAACAGCGACACAUUCGAUAGUUUGCAUAGGUUUGGCAAGUUUGCGGCGCAUGCACUAUCUAACCGCAACAGCCUUACGGAAGUUUCUACGCUUACACUCAAGUUUAGAGGAUCCCUGACACGCCCCUUUGUUACGGAUAUUGUUAACUAUGCAUACUUAAGAAAUCUAAAGCAACUGACUUUGUGGCACAAUGGGACCGCACAUGAACUCCCGCAAUGCCUUUUUGUUUCUCGCACACUUAAGCAUGUCACUCUUGUUAAUCCAUUCGCUAUGUGCAGAAGCUGUACACCGAACUCGGCUUGGGAUUUUCCCGCUUUAGAAACUCUGAAUCUUACGUGUAUCCGGUUAGGUGACGGUAGUGAGAAAAACCUCAAUCUUUUUUACAAAUGUGUGAACUUAAAAGACGUCACUUUACAUCAGUGUUCGAUGAAAGGUUUGGAGGUUUUCAACGUUUGUGCUCCACACCUUUCUAGUUUCACAAUUACGGAAGCUUCUGUAUUGCCGAAGGUUCUUAACAUGGUUACCCCUCAACUUGAGACGCUGACGGCAUCAGCGUCGGUUGCCAUUUGCUCUGAAGGACUGGCUGCAAGCUCUAAUUUUCUGCGUUUGUGUUUGGAGGGGUUUAAUGCUUUAGAGAAAGUGAAUAUCUCUAUGUCGAAUAGCAGGCUGAGAAAGGAAAGACAUGUUCCUAGUCUACUUGAAUUGUUCCGGACGCUUCGUACUGUUAAAUUUCUGAUCCUUGACGUGGACGUCAUUGAGAGUCUCUCUUCAUGCUUGGAUCAACUCUCCGGUGAACCUUGCCCUUUUGAUAACUUGAAGUGUUUGAAGAUAAAUACGACACCGACACAGCUGAAGCAAAGGGACUGUAUACCAACAAUACCCACUCAAGUCCGAAAGUAUUUUCUUGAGAACUCUCCAAAUGCCACUUUCAUCAUGGAUUUACCUCAGGUACCGCAGAAGAGAUCAAGACAGCAGGUAGAUAGUGACCCAGUGACGAAGGUUGCGAAACUGGAGGCAGAAAAUAAGCUACCACAAACAACGGCCGAAGAGACGAGAAUGCAAGAGGCAAAAACACAAUGGCAAGAUCAACUUACUGCACAACAGAAGGCACGGAUACCUAUGCAAUCUCAAGUUAAUGGACAGCAGACGGAAAAUAUACGAAUGAAAUAUCAACAACUUAUUGCAAAACGGAAGGAAAAAUUUCAAAAACUCGUGCAACUUAACGAAUAUCAGAUGAAAAAAAUACGAAUGCAAGACGAAGUCAUUGCACAACAGAAGGCAAAAAUACAAACGCACGAUCAAAUUAUUGCCCAGUACAAGACAAUGUAUAGGGCAAAAAUAAAAAGGCGAGAUCGACUUGUUGCAAAACAAAAGGAAACGUACGAGGCAAAAAUGCAAACGCAAGAUCAGGUUAUCGCAAAGCUGAAAGCCAGGUUGGCGGCUGAGAGUUUGCAGUAUGAGAAAUUGACGUCUCAGAUUAUUAAGUGCAAAAUGGCGGAACUGAAAGCACAGGUUGAGAGCGGGAAUCCAGACUAUGAAGUCAUUCGUUUGGUGGGGCGUGACGUCGAAUCGGCUAUGGACUUGAUGCCCCAGAGCUUAAGGGCGCGUGCGGAGACUGAGUUUUCUUUUCAGUAUGAGAUGUUGAAAUGUCGCCUUUUGACACGCGUUGAUGCUAGCCAAUGGGAAAGGAUUGAAACUGGCUUAGGGAAUAUAAGGCUUUCCGAGAGGUUUUCCUCCAGUCACAGUCACAGUCAGUCGCAUGUUCAUGCUGCUGAACUUCCUGCAGCACCAAGAGUGUCUCCAGCUAAUAUGACUGCAUUCUCAAGAGUCACGUCAGCAGGAACUUGGGGUGUGCAGAAAACCGAGUGAACCGACCCAUAACUGAAUUAACUGGAAUGUAGUUUUGACCAUGUUAUCGUUCAUUUAUAUUUUGCUUUCGUAAUUUUCCCACAUGUUGAUGGGUUGAAGUAAACGUUUGUUUGUUAGAUUUUAACUUCGACUUUUGUUUGAUGUGUAGACUUACUUCAGUUGUAUUCUGUGUUGAUCAGUGAUCACAGUUAA